CACAAACACCUUGAGAACGUCAAGUCACGAACCGUUUUUACAGGAAACUAUUUCUAUGCGCACUACAGACUCAGUCCUUUCGAAGUGCUCUCAAUUUUUAACCAAUGGCAUCUGCAUCGAGGGACGAGCAGGAUUUUUGUGAAGGCAUGGAGACGAUGUAUGGCCAAAAAAUCCCGUUCGAUUCAGAUGUAAAAUAUGUCAUAGACGAAGGGAUUAAGGAGUCAAGACGCAUGAACCCCGAGAAAAGAGCACAAGUAAUUGAAACUGCAGGAUAUUUAGCUUACGACAUAAUGGUUGUCGAGAGCCUAGGAGAUCAUGCAGAUGCCGAGGUAGCCAAGGGAGCGAAACAGGCUGCUGAAAGUUGCAUAAAAAAACGUUUAAAGGAGAUGAAAUAUCCAACCGUUGAGGAAACUGUACAUAAACCACUUUCGCAAAAAGAAGCUUUUGAUCAAGAAGCUUUUGGAUAUGCAAAAUUGCUCAGUGAAGCGAUGGAGGCCGCUGAAAAGUACAAAGGGUAUAAUAAUGAUGAGGGAAAACCAUCAGCCAACGAAGAACCCUUACAAAUGCUGCCGAAAGAAACUUCUAGGCAGGGGGCUUGUGAAUCUAACCCGUCAGUCAAAGAGGGCGGAGUCGUAGAAAUGAGAAAAGAAAGCAAGACAAGAAAAAGAAGACAAAAUGAAAACGAGGAGAGAGAGGGCCAACGAUAUCAAUAUGUCGUUAAUCCUUUCGCUCCCGAGAUCUCAUCGGUAAUUCUCCUCACAAUUCUUACGAUGUUAGUUUGGAGAAUUUGGUAUUGGAUCAUCUUGUAGUCCCCUGGUUGAGUUUUCUUCUUCAUUCUCCUGACUUGUCUGCUUGAUAUUGCAUCGACACUGUAUGGAGAAAUUCUCCCUUGGUCAAUGAUGGGAGUUAAAGGGUUAAACGACAGUGUUCUAUCUAUUGUAGGUAUAUUUGUUCCGAUAAAUAUACAGAUGCACGCGCUCUGAUUGGUCGAAGAUUGCUUCAUAUCUCGCCAUAAUCACCUUGCGCGAGGUGAUUAUGGCGAGGUAAUCACGACAGGAGCGCUAAUUUUUUGUACAAUUGAAAUGGCUGCCUCUUGUUUAGUCAGUGUUUAUGAGGAACUGAUGAAAAGGAAACUUAAUUCCGAAGAGCACAAAAGAUGUUAAUAAGUUUGGAGUACCCAUCAUUCAAUUGAAAGAUAUCAAGUAUUUGCUGAUUAAAUAUAAAAAAAACCUCUUAAGUCUCGUGGAAACAACCUCUUUAUGAGAGUAAUCAAA